AAUAUGGGUUUGGCGGCGGCCGGUGGUGGUUCGCUGGAGGCCGAGAGCCGUAGGUUGACUUCUAAGAGAAGUGGGAGAGGAGCUCUCCCUUUCUAGACCCUCCUUUUGGAUCAUAAGGGGUGGCUUAUAUAGCUUCAAGUACCCCGAGUAAGGCAGCCAGAAAAUUUUUUAGGGCGCUGAGGCUUAUGUAGUUUCGGAUCCGAAGAAUAGGGCGUGUUUCUGCAGUGUCUUUAUCGUAGCAGCUUUGGUUUGUGGUGCUUAUUUCAUUAGUAAUGCGUUUAUCACUAAUGAAUACAAAGAUAGAUUAUCGAGAUGGGAAGUGAUUAAUAUGCUUCGGAAUUCAAAAUCCAAUACGUGCAAGAAUCAAUGCAGGCCGCCCGGGAGUGAAGCAUUACCUCAAGGAAUCGUGGUCAAAACAUCGAACUUGCAAAUGCAACCAUUAUGGAGCGACAGUGUGAAAAACGUCAAUCCUGCGACAUCUUCAAACUUGUUAGCCAUUGCUGUCGGGAUUAAGCAAAAGGAAAUCGUGGACCAAAUUGUUAAAAAGUUUCCCAUAAGUGAUUUUGUUGUUAUGCUUUUCCACUACGAUGGUAUCGUGGAUGAAUGGAAAGAUUUUGAGUGGAGUGAUCGUGCCAUACACGUGUCUGCAGUGAAUCAAACAAAAUGGUGGUUUGCCAAACGUUUCUUGCAUCCUGAUAUAGUUUCCAAAUACAAGUAUAUAUUCCUUUGGGAUGAGGAUCUCGGAGUGGAUAACUUUGAUCCGAAGCAAUAUUUGUCUAUUGUUGAAGGCGAGGGGCUUGAGAUAUCACAACCGGCACUUGAUCCCGUUAAAUCAGAGGUGCAUCAUCCAAUCACAGCACGUAGAAAGAAUUCAAAAUUUCACAGAAGGAUGUACAAAUUUAAAGGCCACGGAAGGUGCGAUAGUCAAAGCACAGCUCCUCCAUGCAUAGGUUGGGUGGAAAUGAUGGCCCCCGUAUUCUCAAGAGCUGCAUGGCGAUGCGUGUGGUAUAUGAUCCAGAAUGACUUGAUCCAUGCUUGGGGUCUCGAUAUGCAGCUCGGUUAUUGUGCACAGGGCGAUCGUAUUAAAAACGUAGGUGUAGUCGAUGCUCAGUACAUAGUUCAUUUUGGUCUUCCUACACUCGGCGUUACUGAGGAAAACGAGCUCAAUUCCACGGAAGUUAAAAUCACUCAGAGAGAGCAGUUACCUAAAUCGGAAUCCCCAGCACCAUCCGAAUCCCAUAAAAUCGACAAUAGACCCGAAGUAAGAAGACAAUCGUUCAUCGAAAUGCAAACGUUCCGGAAACGAUGGGAAAAUGCCGCAAAGGACGAUGAAUGUUGGGUCGAUCCUUACCAACAAAUGAGUUAACAAAAAGCACUCAUUAAUUUUAUCCAUACUCCCAAGUUAUAUAUAUGAAAAAAUUACAGGCAUUGGAACCACAGCAAGUGAAGGCUCUUUAUAUAGGGUUUUAUUUAUUUAUUUAAAUUUGUUUAAUUUUGUGAAUGUGUAAUAGUUUAUUGGGUUUUUUUUUUGGGGGGGUGUUAUUCAUUAUUCAUUUUGAUGUUAAUAAGGCAAUGUAAAUAUGGUUUGUUUGUUGUAAUAUUUUGUAAUGUUGUUGUUGGCCUUUUUAGGGUUCCUCAAUUAAUGAGCAAUCAAAUGACUUGAUUUUGAUUU